CGAAUUCAUUGCCUCGUUGCAGCAAGUCAUCAAAAUGAUGCUUAUCGACAGCCUGUCCUCUGUCGAAGACAUAUACACAGGCAAAAGACGUGGUAAAGCACCACUCCUUACGCUCCAUCGAGAGGCACCUUGACACGAUGAAGACUUCCGCCUACUUCAAGCGUACGCUCUCUUACGACAGCAGUCCAGCAGCUAGUGAAUACUACGAAAGAUGUGCAGACCAAGUCUUCGACUCGGAUCCUUCGAAAACUCGAAUAGGAGCGUUGUAUCAGACUCACGGGAACACUCUUGGGCAUAGCGAGGCCAAGGACACGGUCAGCAAAGGUGCAGACAAAGACCACCAAGAGACGUCGAAAAAUGAACUCCUCGACAGCUCCAGCGAUGACCAUGACGAUAGAUCUUCGAUUCUUAGCGUAGCCUCAAGUACUGCUUUACCGACGGCGAUGGACCAGCGUCAAGCGGACUCCGCCCCGCCUCUUUAUCCUGGAAUCCCGAAGCUCAUAUCCCGCGAGAUUAAGGAGGACGAGCUCGAGGCUUUUGUGGAAGAAACAAAACACGACUUCCGAGUCUUCUAUCUUAGACACCAGACGCACUCAUUGAGCCAGUUGCGCAUCACCAAAUCCGGCUUCGAGCUAAUGGCCCGGUUGUGUCAUGUCUUUCCUCGCUUCAAUGAGUACGUGACUGGCUUCGGAAAGAAGAGCGACGAGACAGAAGUCGGACCUCCUCCGCUCAAGUUCAGAAAUUUAUACACAAACCGCGGCAAUGUCUAUCGUGGUUUCGAGUGUACCUACAUCCUACGAUACAUUGAGUUCACGAAUCGGGGACGCUUCAAAGAUCCGUGGUCAUUGCGACAGUUCGGUGUGUAUCAUCGUUUCAAAGGAGGAGAUACCCCAUGUUCCACGUGGAUUCUGGUGGGAGCAUCGCAAAGGACUGAGGGUCGCCUUGAUCAAUACACGCGCAGUGUGGAUGACAUAGUUGGUGCGAAUCCAUUCGAGCUUCAUGUCAUCUUCCUCGACACUGUCAUUGGUAGCUGGAGACCGUACCUGGUUGACAAAGCGAAGCAAGUAACGGCUCUGUCCAACAAAGCCAAUGGUGUGGUUGUCAGCACUGAGGACGAUCCUGACAACUUCGUUGAAAUUUCGCCGGACGACCAUUUGGAGUUGAAGCAGAUUGAAGACGAGACCGCUGACCUGCUCUUAUGCCUAGACUCUACUUCUGGUACUUUGGCAAGCUUCGAAGAGAUGUACGACCAAUUCUGCCAGCGUCAGGACUAUCUGAGGCCGGGAUGUAAACUUGAUGAUGUAGCGGUGGCUCUCAGAGCCCAGGUGAAAGAAAUUCAGUACACUGAACGCAAAGCAGAAGCCUUGCUCGCGAAGAUCAAGAGCACGAGAACUCUGACCUCGUCAUUGCUUGAAAGACAAAGUGGUUUCAACAUCAAUCACCAGAUCGGUGCUUUACGAGCCGGAAACUCAAUCAUGCAAAAUAUCGCCGAGAAAAACUGCAAAGACUCAUCCAGCAUGAGAAUUCUCACGAUUAUCACGAUGAUCUAUCUCCCUUGCACCAUCGUCUGCAACUUCUACUCGACGCAAUUCGUCGACCAGACCGUAGCUGAUGAUGGUUCGUCACAGAUGGGAUACGCGCAGAACGUUUGGGUUUUUUUCGCCAUUUCAAUUCCUCUCACCAUCUUCACUUUUAUCGCCUGGUACUCUUGGAUUCGAAUCGGAGACAUGCGGAAGGAGAGAGCUAUUCGGCUUUCUGAGAAAGAGGCUGAGUCGCAAGUAUGACUCGCUUAGAUGUUGCUUGCAUAGGGCCCGAACUCGUGGGGCGCAGGGUGCAGCAUUAGCUUAUCACACACCAACCUGCCGUUUGUGGCUGCAGAAUCCUACGUAACAUCGCACUCAAUGCUCGUGCAGCGAUGUCCAUUCCUCUGCGCCUACCAAGCCUGACGAGUUU